CACGGCCGGGGGCGGGCCCAGCGGAGCGCGGGUCGGGCCGGAGGCCGGCCCCUUGGUGGCCCGCCCCCUGGGCGUCUGGAAGCCGGAAGCGGACGAAGACCAGCCGACUCGGGGCUUCUCAGAGGAAGGGAAAGCCUAGGGCCGGUACCUCGCAGCGCCGCAGCCGCGGGCCGCGAGCCCUACGCAACCGUGCGGGGCCAUGGGGACUCCGCGCCUCGGGCCACCCGUCGUCUCAGGGCCCCUGCUGGGGCGGCUGCUGCUGCUUCUGCUCCUGAGCGGGCUGGCCUUGGUUCGCGCCUCCCCGCGACUUCUGGACCACCCGGCGCCGGUCUGCUCCCAGCAGCCACUGUACCCACUGCCAUCCUGUUUCUCCUUGGAUGGGCAGGAUGAGAGAAGUGGGCUGAACUGCACAGUCAAGAAUAGUACCUGCUUGGACGACAGUUGGAUCCACCCUCGAAAUCUGACCCCUUCAUCCCCAAAGGACGUCCGGGUCCACCUGGACUUUGUCCAGACCCAGCAUGGAGACCUGCUGCCUGUAGCUGACAUCCGAUGGACCCUGCAGACAGAUGCCAGUGUCCUCUACCUGGAGGGUGCAGAGUUGUCUGUCCUGCAGCUGAACACCAAUGAACGUUUGUGUGUCAAGUUUGAGUUUCUGACCAGACUAAAGCAUCAUUAUAAGCGGUGGCGUUUUGCCUUCAGCCACUUUGUGGUAGAACCUGGCCAGGAGUAUGAGGUGACUGUUCACCACCUGCCCAAACCCAUCCCUGACGGUGACCCAAACCACCAGUCCAGGAACUUCCCUGUACCUGGCUGCGAGGACCCCAGGAUGAAGAUGACCGCACCAUGCGUGGGCUCAGGCAGCCUGUGGGACCCCAACAUCACCGUGGAGAGCCUGGAGGCCCGCCAGCUAUGGGUGAGCUUCACCCUGUGGAAUGAAUCUACCCAUUACCAGAUCCUUCUGACCAGUUUUCCGGACACGGAGAACCAGAGCUGCUUCCAGCACGCGCUGAUGGUGCCUGAGCCUGCGCACCAGGACUCCCGCCAGCGGUCCAACGUCACGAUCGCCCUGUCAGACUCUGACUGGUGCUGCCGCCACCGAGUGCAGAUCCAGCCCUUCUUCAGUAGCUGUCUAAACGACUGCCUCAGACACUCCGUAAUGGUGCCCUGCCCAGAAAUUCCAGAUCCUCCAGCCUCGAUCGCAGACUAUAUACCCCUGUGGGUGUACGGGUUCAUCACGGGCAUUUCCAUCCUGCUGGUGGGUUCCGUCAUCCUGCUGAUCCUCUGCAUGACCUGGAGGCUACCCGGGUCUCAUGAAAAAUACAGGAAAGACACCAAAUGCACAGAUGUCCUGCCCAAGAACGGCCUGACGCCCCCACCCCUGAAGCCCAGGAAGGUCUGGAUCGUCUACUCAGCUGACCACCCCCUCUACGUGGAUGUGGUCCUAAAGUUUGCCCAGUUCCUGCUCACCGUCUGUGGCACCGAAGUGGCCCUCGACCUGCUGGAGGAGCAGGUCAUCUCAGAGGUGGGGAUCAUGACCUGGGUGGGCCGCCAGAAGCAGGAAAUGGUAGAGACCAACUCCAAGAUCAUCAUCCUGUGCUCCCGAGGCACCCGCGCCAAGUGGCAGGCCAUCCUCGGCUGGGAGGAGCCUGCUGUCCAGCUUCGGUGUGACCGCUGGAAGCCCGGAGGGGACCUCUUCACAGCGGCCAUGAACAUGAUCCUGCCAGACUUUAAGAAGCCAGCCUGCUUCGGCACCUACAUCGUCUGCUACUUCCGUGACAUCAGCAGUGAGAGUGAUAUCCCUGACCUCUUCAACAUCACUUCCAGGUACCCACUCAUGGACAAAUUUGAGGAAGUUUACUUCCGGAUCCAGGACCUGGAGAUGUUUGAACCCGGCCGGAUGCACCGCGUCGGGGAGCUCACGGGUGAGAACUACCUGCGGAGCCCCAGUGGCUGGCAGCUGAAGGAGGCCGUGGAGCGGUUCCGGAAGUGGCAGGCUCAGUGCCCUGACUGGUUCGAGCGCGAGAACCUUGGCUCCGCAGAUGACCCGGACCUCCCAUCCCUGGACGGAGAGGUGUUUGAAGAGCCGCUGCUGCCGCCAGGAGGAGGGAUCAUCAAGCAGAAGCCCCUGGUGCAGGAACCUGCCCCCGAGGGCUGUCUGGUGCUCGACCCGCACAUCUGUGAGGAAGGAAGGGGAAUGUCCAGGCUGGAACCUCAAGUUCAGCCCCAGGGAGAGCCAGCGGCCCAGACAGAGGUGCUCCCAGUGGAGGAGGCGCCUCCGGCGCGGGCAGUGCGGCCUGUCCCUCAAGCCACUGGGAGCGGCAGGGCCAGCCGCUUGGCCAUGGCGGAGGGAGAUGAGGCCUGGCCGCUGCUGGAGGGCCAAGGCCCCAGGCGGAACAGCGUCCUCUUCCUCCCCGUGGACUCUGAGGACCCGCUCCUCUGCAGCACGCCCAGCGCAUCCCCCGGCCACCUCCCGGAGGGCUUGCGGGAACAGCUGGAAGGCCUGAUGUUCUCACUCCUCCAACAGAGUCUGGGCUGCCCGGCCCAGGAGGACUGGGAGAGUGCCGCGGUGGCCCUCAAAAACCUGUACCUGCCCUGCGAGGACGGGCAGCGGCAGUCCGUGCAGUCCGACCAGGGCUACAUCUCCAGGAGCUCCCCGCAGCCCCCCGAAGGACUCCUGGAAAUGGAGGAGGGGGCGGAAGAGCAGGACCUGAGGAGACCGGCCAAGCAGCUCUCUCCUGAGGACCUAGAGAGCCUGAGAAGCCUCCAGUGGCAGCUUUUUUUCCAAGAGCUUCAGACGAACUCUGGCCGGGACAAUGUGGAGCCCGAGGCACCGUAGGGCCUCCUCAGAUGCCAGGUGUUGGGAAAAGGGUGCGUGUGUGUACACGAGUGUGCACAUGAAUGUCUGGAUGUAUACAAAUGUCUGUGUGAAAUGUUUGCUUUUGAAAUGUAGACCUCUUGAUCCCUGCGCAUCCCCCUUAAUUUUCUUUCUCCGACCCUCUGGCUAUGUCUCUUCCCCACCAGAAUCCACAGCCCAUCCCCAGGAGCUAGUGACAAAGUGUCCUUGAAUCUCUGUCAUUCAUUCAUUUGUUCAUUCUUUCAUUCCUUCAGCACUUAUUUUGCACCUCUUAUGUGCCAGAUGAAUUGCAGGAGUGACACUUUGUGUCCCACCCUGGCCAGAGGGACUUAACAUCUAGUGAGAGCAACAGAUUAGCAAACAGGAUGGUCAUGUGUGAAGGAAAGCCUUAGUAAGGGUCUGCCCAGGGCCCUGAAAAUACACAGAAGGGGAACCUGGGCCAAGAGACUGGUUGCAGAAGGCAGCGGCGCAGGGGAAGUAGGUAGCGGGUGGAGUAAGGGCCGGAGGCAAGGGAGCUUGGAGUGGAAGGAGAGGGUCGGAAGAGAGGUGGGGAAGAGGCAGCGAGAGCCCCGGCUGGAGAAGGCAUGUGGGCCAGGCUGGAGUUGGGGACAUCAGCCCCGGGGCCUGGGAUUCCUUUGAUACAGAAUUCCCUUCUACUGCUGCUCUGCAGAGAAGGAGGCUGAGGACUAGACAUACCCAAAAGCCAUCUCAGGACAGUUUUGGAAAGAGAUAGGAUAGAACUGUGUGGCAUGAAACCUAGCAGCAUUCAGCAGGGAGAAAGGUCUGAAAUCCUGAGCCAUCUUUUUGGUGCUCAGUCAAUGGGAGAUGGGGGUCUUCAGGGACUGCGUGGCCGGGCCCCUGAGAUGUAGAGGCAGGGUGGGCAGAGGGGGCAGGGCAGGAGUGAGAGAGCUGGCAGAGACAGGCCGCUCUGAGGGGAGAGGAAAGUGUACCGCUCCGUACUUAAAAGUCUGAGUGGGUUCGAAGAGGAGAGAUGCUAAGGCCCAGUGUUUGGAGAAGUGGUUCCUGAAAGUGCCUCUUUUGGAGAAACUGAAGGCUUCUGUCCCUCCAGGGUGCCCGUGAGCAUGCUGGGAUGCCGUCUGCCCCUGGAAUAGAGUCCUCACCUGUAGCUCCAAGCUUCAGUGACGGGGGGAGGAGUCUGGCAUGUAAUGGGAAACUGAUUAUCACAGGUUACGUGUAUGCGUGACAAACACAUGCAUAUGUGUGCACAAAAGGGAGAUCAUCAAUAAAAGAAUGAACAAAUUUGUUAACUCUGGUAAGAAUUCCAGCUAGUUACUGAGUCACAUGUUACUAGAGGUCAAGAGUUCCUAGCUGAAGAGUCUUUUCCAGUGGUGAGCUUUCACCUCAUAGUGGCAGGGGCGCCAGGCCUAAGUCCCAGACAGAGUGUGGCCCGUGCACAGCCUGACAGCAGCACAGGACCAGGUAAGGCGGCACUGCAGGCUGGGUGUCUGUGUCCCCCCAGAAUCCUUACACUGACACCUAACCCCCAGUGUGACGGAAGUGGAGGUACAGGUGAUGAGGUCACAUGGAUGGAGCCCCAGACUUCCAGCCUUCUGCCACAUGAGGCCACAGCAAGAUGGUCCUUUGUGAACCAGACACCCAGUCUGCCUGCUUCUUGAUCUUGGACUUGCCAGCCUCUAGAACUGAGAGAAAUAAAUUCCUGCAUGUAUAAGCGGCCCAGCCUACGGUGUUCUGUUAGAGCAGCCCUACGCGACUAAGACGGGAGGAAAGGAAGCGAGUUCUCCCAGCUGCCAGCCUCUCUGGCUCCAUCCCCUCUCCAAUACGCCGGAAGUGGGCAUCACUGGCAGGAUGGCCCUAGCCAGUCUAGUCCUGGAGCCCAGAAGACAUUCCCAUUUGAAUUGCAGUCCCCACAAACCUUGAAUUCUAGCUCUGCUGGCCUCUGAGGCCAAAUGUCCUCAAUUAGCUUUCUUCGCUAUGUCCUGUUUAUCUCCAGGGCUGCUACUUUUCUUUCUAACAGCUUUGUUGAGAUACAGUGCACAUACCAUACCAUUCACAGCUGCCCUCAUGCAGUUCAGUGGCUUUGAAGAGUUGACUUUAGCCACCAUCAGCAUUAUCAAAUUUGAAACAUGUUUCUUACCCCAAAAAGAAAUCCAGCACUCCUUAAUCCUCACCCCAACCUCCCUAAACUCCCCAUCCCUCUAUAGAUUUCUCUGUUGUUGGACAUAACAUGUAAAUGGAAUCAUGAAGUUCCCCAGGGCUCCUGCACCCUUUCUUCAAUGUCCUUCCCUGGCUCCUCCCCUGUCCCCUCGCCUACCCUAAAGCCCCCAGUCUCAUACUGGUCUUUCCAGCAUAAAUGCUGGAAAUUCUGUCAACCUGUGGUGUCUGCUGUCAGCCAAAUGCCAAGAGCUUCAAGAGCAUGUAUAAAUAAAGCCAUGCCUCUCUUUUCACAUGA